AUGGCGCGGAAAAGACGUGCUGAUGACGCGUAUGAUGGCGGCUCGUACUAUCGCGCACCAAAGCAGUCGCAGUUGGAGGAGGAAGCAUCUGAUGAUGAAUAUGAGGAGGAUGCUGAGCAGGGAGCUCCUGGUGCAGCGCAUUGCCAGCAGCAUUACAACUACCUAUUCUACGGCGCUUUAGAUGACAAAAUCGUCAGCGUGAGGUACUACAAUGGAUAUGCUACCGAAGGAGAAACGGUGGUGCUGCGCAGAGAAUCACACAACCAAUACGACGCAAACGCCAUCUGUGUCGAUAACGUCCGGGGAGAGCAAAUCGGCCAUAUCCUAAGAGGACUGGCAGCCAAGUUGGCGAAAUACAUGGAUGAUUGCAGUCUGCUGAUUGAUGCCCGAAUCACGGGACACAAAGGUUACUACGAGUGUCCCACUGAGCUCCUGCUCUACGGAACAGACGAUCCUGUACAGCGCCAGCAGCUUAUGGCUAGGAUGAAGAAGGACAGACUACCCGUCGGACGUGCGUCUGAACGGCAGCGCAGGGAGGCUGCAGAGAAAAAGGAGCAAGAGCGCAGAGCCAAAGAGGCCACCAAACGAACGAAGAAGAAGGGUGCGAAGGCCGUGGGGCCGAUUGAAGGUCCAGAGGCCAGCAUGGCCGAGUUUGCUGCGGGCUUGCCGCCGGCUGAUCCUUCAUUGACGGGGCCUAGUCUAGAGGAUAUUAUUCUCGGAAGCGAGCGAUUUGAUCCCAGAAACAAUGAGGAAUUCGUUGAGGAGUUUGGGGUUAAGUAG